AUGGAUGGCGCCAACGCGUCAGUAACAGACGCCUCUGCGACUGGCGCUGACGGUACGGCAAUGGCGGACGAGGAUGCCGAAAUUGAGGCGAUGAAGCAAAGGGUUGCAGAGAUGGAGGCCGAGGCGGCCAAGCUGCGCGAACUUCAGCAAGCGGCAGGCGAAGCGGGCGGUGCUGGCUUGCAUCCUACCGAGGAGGAGCGCGAAGAGGUUGACUCGAGGAGUAUCUACGUUGGCAAUGUUGACUACGGCGCAACACCAGAAGAGUUGCAACAGCAUUUCCAGAGCUGCGGAACCAUCAACCGCGUCACGAUCCUCUGCGACAAGUUUACAGGGCAUCCCAAAGGAUUCGCAUACGUCGAAUUCGCCGACCCAUCACUGGUCGCCAACGCCAUGGUGCUUAACGAGUCUUUGUUCCGCGGUCGAUUGAUCAAGGUGACCGCCAAGCGCACAAACAUGCCCGGCAUGGCGGCACGAGGACGAGGACGUGGCCGUGGUCGUGGACGUCCUUUCCGUGGACGCGGUCGCGGUCGCGGCCGAGGCUACUACUAUUAA